AUGGACGGUCUUCCGUUGGUAUCGAGUCAAUCUCCCUCGCCUGGAAUGCCCGUCACCAACAAACAUCAACAAGAAGCCAAAGAAAUUAUUCGAAAAAUGACCGUGGGGGGAGCACCCACACGAAUGUCGGUCGAUUCGGGAGACCGAGCUUUUUCCUUCAUGACACGCGAUAAUCUUUGUUUCUUGGUAUUGACCGAGGCUCCCUAUCCCAAACGAUUGGCAUUUUUGUAUUUGGAAGAUAUUGCCGAUUUGAUUCUGGGAGAAUUGGCCAGAGAAUUUGGGAAUGAGUGGCGCUCUCAAAUUGACCAAACGGCGAGACCCUUUCGAUUUAUCCAGUACGAUCCACUCAUUCAACGAAAGCAACGAGACUAUCGAGAUGUCAAUCAACAAAAGAGUAGACUCAAUGAAGACUUGACUGAAAUCCAAUCCAUUAUGCGCAAAAAUAUCAAUGAAAUCCUAGACAGGGGAGAAAAAUUGGAUCAGGUCUCAAGCAUUAGCAAUGAACUCAAACAAAAAUCAAAGGACUUCAAAUGGGGAGCAAAGAAACUCACGUGGCAGGCCAGACUGCAGCAAUACGGUCCGAUGCUCGUGGGGACUUCCAUUGUACUCAUUGUCCUUUAUGUCAAAAUAUUCCAUAUUGGCUUCUAG